GCCACGCACACACUGGCAGAGCUGCUGUCUGCAGAGGGUUUGUACAGUAAACGCCUGCAGCAGCCUGGGAUUUCUAAACCAGUCAUUCAGAGAGAGAGAGAGAGAGAGAGACACAGAGUCCCAGAAGAGAAGACAUUUGUUCUUAAUAAUUCCUCCCUGUGAAGCCUGAGGACAGAGAUGAUGGAGACUAAAGUGUGGAUUGCCCUUUGUGCGCUGCUGCUCCUUCACUUUGGAUCCACUGAUCAUGUUGACGACCACGCUGCUGCCUCCCCUGCUCCAGAAAUCUUGGCCCCUGAGGCCCCUGAGGCCCCUGAGGCUGCUGAGGCCCCUGAGGCCGCUGAGGCCCCUGAUUCCAGCCUGGAGCCUAAAGUUCCCGAUGCUGCCGUACCGCCACAGAACGGCUCGGACGCAAAUACGAAUACAGGAGGCGACGGCAGUUUGAACGGCAAAACAACAACAGAAGAGGAAACCAUCCCUGCGACCCCCGAAUUAAAGAACGAUACCAGCAGUGCCUCUCCCACGGAGGCUGCUGUUCCGGAAGACAAGUCGACAUCACAUCCUUCAAUUCAUCCUUCCCCCACUUCUCACACCUCCACCACAACCACAACUAGCACCACCACCACCACCAGCAUCACCUCCACCACGACCCCCACCUCCAUCCCCACAGACACAACACACACAACCCCUGUAGACACACCGACCACCACGCCAGCAACAAAAACAACACAUCAUGCUGCACCACCUGAGUCUGUGACACCAUCAAACCAGACAACUCACAACAAAACACACUCAACCACUUUGGUCCCAGCACCUGAGCCAGCAAAACCCGAAACCACCUCCACCACCACCACCACCAUCAUCAUCUCCAAGUCCAGUUCAACAUCCAGCACCAGCCCCUCUCAAGAGCCCCCCAGAACCGAGUCGUCGACGCUCACGCCUCCACACAACACCUCGGAGUCCGACGGACAUCCCGAGACCUCAAGCGAGGCCAGUCAGAGGCACACCGUCAACCCGCCGAGCAGCCCCUCCGCCCAGGCCAAACCCCACGUAGACAACCCCUCCCAGCUCAACGUUGGGGAUGACCCCACGAUGGUCCACGACUCCCCUACAUUAGACCCCCUCCUGGCUGGCCUGGUGUCAGCCUUCAUCAUCACUGCGGUCAUCAUCACUCUGCUCCUCUUCCUCAAACUGCGCCAGAGAGACAACAGACCAGAGUUCCGCCGGCUGCAGGAUCUCCCUAUGGACGAUAUGAUGGAGGACACACCCUUGUCCAUGUACAGCUACUGAUGGAGGCAUGACAGAAAGCUUUUGGCGCCAAAAAAACUCUCCUUGAUUCCAGGCUCGUGCUGCAGCAAACCCAGCCUUUCCUCCUUAAAUCUGCACCAAACAGAGAGAAUUCUGGGUAGGUGCGAGCAAACUCAUCUAGAUCACCCGACAUGUAGGAAAAGACACGAUUGAAGCUGCAAUGGACAAUGAAGACAUCGCCCAUGACGGGGUCGUCUUUAGCAAAAAUAUAUUUUGGUUUCCUGUAGUUACAACUUAAGCCCCACCCCUCUGUUCAUUACUGUACGCUUCAUAUUUUCAGCCCGUCUUUAGGGGAGUUGGAGUUGUAUGAUAUGUUUUGAUUUCCCUCGUGUUGAAAAAGCAGGAGGUCACAUCCAUCAUUAGGAUGGUUCACACCUGGACACAGACUAUUACCUGAAGGGAACCGGUCUAAUUUAGUGUUAGAAAUUCUGACGGAAAACAGAAAGUCUGGCAGUCUGAAUGAGAAGCCAGAGAAAAAGAAAUGAACUUAACAACUGACCUGAUUAUAGUGUUAAAAAAGAAAGUUGCACUUUACUUUUUUCAGGAGUGGAAAAAAUGAUGUUUGUGUAUGAGAGAAAAAAAAGCCUAGAAGUGUGUGUGUGUGUGUGUGUGUGUGUGUGUGUGUGUGUGUGUGUGUGUGUGUGUGUGUGUGUGUGUGUGUGUGUGUGUGUGUGUGUGUGUGUGUGUGUGUGUUUGCAGGUGUGUGAGUCUGUUAAAAGGUGCGUUUGUGGAUUUUUGAAGGUGUGGCAGCGGAUAUUUAAGUGUUUUCACUUUGUUUUAAUUUUUUAAGUUUCUGUUUUGAAGGUCCUGCUGGCUUUUGGCCUGAUUUUUAUAUGUGCAGUGUGUUUUGUUUUUUUGUGUGUUUCUUUCCUUGGAGUCUUGUGACCAGGAGAGAGUGCCUUACGCAGAAUAGGAACAGCUCUUUAUUGCAAACUUGUAUUUAUAUUCAAACCAACUAACUUCCAGAUUCACCAGUCAUUCCCAGUGCUUUGUGCGGUUGCCACUUAAAGCAUAGACACUCUCCGGGGUUCAGGUAGCUGUUCCGACAUGCCUGUGUUUGCACACUUUUAGCCCUGAGCGUGUUCACAGAGAGGCACUCGUUCACAUUCAGUGACAGUUUGCAGAAUGAAACUGGCCAGUGGCCUUCCCACACAAUGUUGGCAAAUACUACUGAUGAUUGCAUCACGCAAAAGACAACUUUCCAUCUCAGUUGCUGCUUUAGCGUUUCGCCAGUCACGAAGAAAAAUUGUUAAAUUGACGGACCAGUAUCUCAUUGAUUAUUAUAAUAAUGUGCAGCAGCUUCGCGGUGCUUCUGUUCUGCAAAUCUGCAGGAAAAUGUGAGUGGAAAAUGAGACACAGAGAGCAGAACAACCCACGUCUUUAGAAAAACAAUUGGAGCUAAUACUUGUGUUCACUGUUUAAUCAUUGUGCCAUGAAUGACUACAGAUGGGUGACAAAUAAAAGGAGGAAUCAAAACAGCUCUUUUUGUUAGAUUUAGAAAGUCUCUACCGGAGGAAUAAACACCUAAAGACGUUUCCUCACUUACUUUUGUCACCCGUCUGUACUUCCAGUUCUAAAUUAUACACUUGAGAUCUCGAAGUAUUAAAAAUUGUCUGUAAGUAUCCUGAAUGAAUAACGAGGCUUUGCAGCCAGAUGUGGAUUAUGGACUGUUGCUGUUUUAUGAUUAAAGGUAUUUUGAAA